AUGGCGCGUUCUCUGCUAUUUGUUGCCCUAAGUCUGGGUGCCGCUGCGAUGCCCGCUUCGUCGGGUAUGAGCAAUAUCAAGAAUAUCGUGGUGUUAGUUCAGGAAAAUUUGUCCUUUGACCAUUUCGCUGGCGGUCUGGACUAUGAUUCAAGCAUUGAUGGCCCCCAGAAUCCACAAUAUUGCAACCCUGCCAAUGUUUCAAUCCCCACCUCCGACCAGGUCUGCGCCAGCCCUAGUGCGAAGAACAUCGCUUCGGAUGACCCAAACCACAGUAUCGCGGGUGGUAACAUGCAAGUAUUUGGCACCUACCACCCCCUUGUAGGAGCCAAGUCCUCCAUGAAUGGUUUCAUCAGUGAGCAACGGGCCUCGUACCCGAAGGACGAUCUAAACCGGGCAGCCGAAGCGAUUAAUUACUUCAACCCGGACCAUAUCCCCGUCUUCAAUAACAUCGCUCAGAACUUUGUCUUGUUCGAUCGCUGGUUUGCUGCAGUUCCGGGUCCCACAAACCCCAACCGUGCCUACUUGACCUCUGGCACUUCACAUGGCCAUGGCCGCAAUGAUAACGAUUUCAUGACCUCUUCUCUGCCACAAAAGUCAAUUUUCGAGCAACUAUCAGAGAAGGGAAUUACUUGGAAGAACUACGAAAACUCGACUCAGUCAAAACCUGCAUUUUUACCCGACGCUAUGUUCUAUGACUGGACCGCGCAGAAUGCUAAAGACAAUGUUGUUCCGAUUUCCCAGUUCUAUACUGAUGCCAAAGCUGGGGCACUGCCACAAUUUACCUGGAUCAACCCUGAGUGCUGCUCAUACAUGUCAAUGCAUCCUCCGUCCCCAAUCAAUAUGGGUGAGAACUUUGUCAAAAGCAUCUAUGAGGCUAUUCGUAAUUCCCCACAGUGGGAUGAGACACUCUUUAUUCUGACGUGGGAUGAGCAUGGUGGCUUUGCGGAUCAUGUUUCGCCUCCCACUGACGUUCCAGCCGGGGACAGUCUGACCUAUACUGAAAAGGCCCAGGAUGGCCAGGAAUACACUUUCCAUUUCGAUCGUCUCGGGAUUCGCGUUCCUACAGUCUUAAUAUCGCCCUGGGUUUCCAAAGGUCUAGUCCAGCACAAGCCUAUCGACGGGAAUGAGUUCACGCAUACUUCUAUCCUUAAAUUUGUCUCUGAGCUUUGGGGAUUAGAGAGUCUAUCUCCGCGCGUGGACUGGUCGCCUUCCUUCGGGAAUCUGAUCACAAACAAUUUCCGAAGUGAUACUCCUGAAAAGUUGCCGAACGCGGCAGACUUCUAG